AUGCGCUCUACGACUCGCACGAGAUGCCGCCAUACGUUGCAAUUGAACUCUCGUCGAGAAUUGGCUACGGUAGCCAACUCUAGGCCCUUUGAUGUUAUCGUCAUUGGUGGCGGUCAUGCUGGUGCUGAAGCAUGUGCCGCGGCCGCGCGAACUGGAGCAAGAACCGCACUGAUUACACCAAAGAUCGAAAACAUUGGAACUUGCUCCUGCAAUCCUAGCUUUGGUGGCAUCGGAAAGGGUACAAUAAUACGAGAAAUCGACGCUCUUGAUGGUCUAGCUGCAAGAAUUAUCGACAAGGCAGGUGUACAAUUCCACAUGCUGAAUCGCAGCAAGGGACCAGCUGUUUGGGGUCCUCGUGCUCAGAUCGACCGACAGUUAUACAGGCGAUAUAUGAAGGAGGAGCUUGAAGCAUACGCGAAUCUCUCGAUCGUGCUCGCCAGCGUUUCGGACAUUGUCGUAUCGGACCUUCAUGAUUCCACAGCUCUGGGAUCAUCGAAGUCCAUAUCUGGAGUGCGAUUAGACUCUGGUCAAGUUCUUCCCACAAACAGGGUCGUCAUUACCACAGGCACUUUCUUGGGUGGUGAAAUACACGUCGGCCUCCAGAGCUACCCAGCAGGGCGCCUGGAUGAAGCAGCCACAUUUGGUUUAAGCAAGUCGCUUCGAACCGCAGGUUUCCGGCUUGGAAGGCUCAAGACCGGCACACCCCCCCGGCUGAACCGAGAUACAAUUGACUUUGGUGAGCUAGAGGUGCAAUAUGGAGACUCGCCGCCUAGUCCGUUCUCUUACUUGAAUGGCAGUGUCUCUGUUGUAGAUCAACUGACCUGCAGCAUUACGCACACAAACGAUGCAACACACCGGAUUGUUCGUGACAAUCUCGAGAACACUGUCCAUAUUCGAGAGACAAUUAGGGGUCCGAGGUACUGCCCGUCCCUAGAGUCCAAGGUAAUUCGUUUCCCAGACAAAGAACGGCAUAUAGUGUGGCUCGAGCCAGAAGGUUUUGACAACCCAGUUAUAUAUCCAAACGGUUUAUCAAUGACUAUACCACCUGAAGCUCAGGAGCAGGCACUUCGAACCAUCAGGGGCCUUGAGCGAGUGGAAAUGCUGCAACCUGGCUACGGCGUGGAAUACGACUACAUCGAUCCUCGUGGACUCAAAUCCACCCUCGAGACAAGGUUAAUUUCCGGUCUAUACUUGGCUGGGCAGAUCAAUGGCACCACCGGUUAUGAGGAAGCCGCUGGUCAAGGCAUCGUCGCUGGAAUCAACGCAGGACGAGCUGCUAUAGGACUGCCUGAAUCGACAAUUUCCAGAUCUGAGGGUUAUAUUGGCAUAAUGAUUGAUGACCUGGUUACUAAAGGUGUUACGGAACCUUAUAGGAUGUUUACGUCCAGGAGUGAAUUUCGCAUGGCAGCCAGAGCUGACAAUGCUGAUUUCCGUCUCACCAAGAAAGGUCGGGACUUGGGGGUGGUCUCCGAUACCCGCUGGACCACAUUCUCAGACGAGCGUCAGCAAAUUGAGGAUCUCACCAGAAUAUUGAGUUCAAAAUCUUUCACAUCAAUGCAAUGGUCGGAACAGGGUUUUCAUCUAAAGAAGAACUCCCAGCGGCGGACUGGUAUUGAUAUGCUUCGAUUGUCAAAUACCGGCGCUCGAAUUGGCCUGGAGCAACUGAGCACUUCUAUUCCCGAGAUUCAUUCUUACGCGGCUCGUAUCAGAGACCGUGUCACCAUUGAAGCAAUGUAUGCACCAUAUAUCAAGAUGCAAGCUGCAGAGCGGGGUCUAUUCAGCUGUGAUGAGAGCGUUCGCCUACCUUCAGACAUCAAUUAUGAUGCUGUCCCUGGCCUGGCCUUGUCCGAAAGGGAGGUUCUGAAUUCCACACGCCCGGAAACUCUGGCACAAGCUCGUAGAGUUGAAGGUGUUACACCAACGGGAACUCUUAGGCUCUUGGCACAUAUUCGCCACCGGUCCAUUGCCCGUGUCUGA